AUGUUAUGUGGGGCGGACUCUGCCCGGGCCACGGGGUGGGGUCUUGGGGGCCCCGGGGGGCCCCCAGGGUCCCCGGGGGGCCCCCCAGGACCUGUGGGGCCCCUCAAGGAACUUGUGGACUUGGGAUUAGUUUCUGCGGAGUUUGCCAAGUCCCCUUAUGUGCAGCAGCGGCUGCUGCCGCUGCUGCAGCAGCAGCAGCAGCCGCUGCUGCUGCUGCAGCGGGGGUCCAUGAUGGGCGGCUACCCCACAGGGGAGGAAGCAGCGCUGCUGCUGCAUGCGCUGCUGCAGCAGCACGGGCCCACCCUGAUAGAAAGGCAUAUCAUUGGCCGGAGCGUCGAGGGCAGGCCCAUCCACGCCUACAGAGUAGGAGGAAUCCUCAGGCAGCAGCAGCUGCAGCAGCAGCAGCAGCAGCAGCAGCAGCAGCAGCAGCAGCAGCAAGAACCGUUUCCUGCUGUGCUGCUGACGGGGCUGCAUCACUCUCGGGAGCCUUUAAGUAUGGUCUUUUGCAUCUUCGCAAUAGCGCGGCUACUGGAAGACUUUGCUGCUGGGGACCCUUCUGCUGUUUAUUUGCUGCUCGCGAGGGAGUGGUGGGUCGUGCCCAUCUUAAACCCUGACGGGUAA